AUGCAGGCGGUGGCACGGGCGGCGCGUGGGCUCGCGGCCGCGGCUUCGGCUGCGCGGCCGUCGGUGAUGGAGGCAGGGCACCGCGGGCAGGUGCAGCAAGCCCGGGGCAUCGUGGUGCAGGUGAGGGACGGGAACCUGGAGCGGGCGCUGUCGGUCAUGGAGCGCAAGAUGCGGUCCAGCGGCAUGGAGCGCCUCAUCCGGGCGCGCACCCACCACCACGUCAAGGACUCGGAGAAGCGCGUGCUCGCGCGUAAGGCGCUUAUGCAGCGCGUCCGGUCCCAGGAGCUCGGCAAGAAGCUCCGCGAGAUCCUCAUCAAGAAGAUCAGGUCAGGGCCACCCUCCCAUCUCCACCAAUACCUGUACCUGUUAGCGCAACGCUUCUGUAGUUCUGUGUGCUUGUGCUUGCCAUCUCUUGCCGGUUGA